AUGGGGAGUAGGCAUAGGGGACCACAUGAUGCGGAAGUUCACCUAGCGCCUCCUGCGAGCUCCUCCGCCGCUGACGCGCCAAGGGCUGACUCUCCAUCCCUCUACGCCUUCUCAGGCAACCCUCACGAUCACCACUCUGCCCAUCAAACCGCCGCUACCGGUCGUGGAAUCCCCACCGCUCUCCUCAUUCAAGCUCAGCUUGGCCUCGCUAGACCCAUUCGCAGUGUUGAUAGGCCUGCGCCAGGCAUGAUGCAGCCCCGGAUCUUGCACUCGUUGGUGCCCCAGUUAUCUGCACCACCCAUGACUCACCCGGCCGCAUCGAUAACUUGGCCUCCCGGACAGACGCUUGGAUACCCCGGGCAGGUACCUCCCCGAUUGCGCAUGGCCCAACGCCUCCAGUGCCUGCUCAAUUCGCUGCUCAGCCCGGAGGAGUACCGUAGCCCCACUUCCAGGUUCCCCCACCGCAGUAUGGGGGGUCGGCCAUUGGCGCCGCCCUCUCAGAUGAUGAGAGGUCCACCACCUCCACCGCCCCGUCGUUCCCACUGUCUUCAUCGGCGGCGCCCGUGUCAGAGGCCUAGAGAGCCUCGUGACCUUCCACUUCAGCGGCCACCUCGCCUCUCGUCCCGCCGACGGUAG